CUGGCUUCCAGCCCGGUGGGGAGGGCAGCAGCGUGGCCUCGCUCUUGGAGGCCAGCAAGAGUCAAAGUCAAUAGGAGGAGAAAGAAGCAAGUCAGAUGUGAUGCUGUGUGGGGCUGGCGGGUAACUGCUCCUCUCUAAGGAUUUCUUUCCCUCUCAGCUCGGUGCCUGGCUUUUCUCUGCAGCUGGGAGUUUGCAAAUGCUGUCAUUCAGAUUUGGCAGGCACAGGUUGGGCCUCUGGACAACGCUGGGCUCCCUGCUGCCGCUCGAGCCCUCCCGACGCUUCACUCCAGGUGGUGCAUUGCAUGAAGGCACAGUGAAGGCUCUGUAAAGGAUCCUGAGAUGCCCUCUGUAUUCCUUCAGUGGGAAGUAUUAAAAGGAGCUCAGCAACAGUAAUUCAAAGUGUGGAACAUAGUUUCCAGGAUUUACAGCUGCUUAAUUCCCAUGGGAUUUAUUCCCGGCUACUAAUGGGUGUAUGGGUGACCUGAGUGACAUUGUAACACGAGGCUUUCCACCCAGGCACUUGCAGGCAUUUCUCGCUUCCUAACGGGAUAAAACACCUACAGCGAGCACAGCUGCCAAUCCAGAAGGAGGCAUUGCUCAGAGCUCUCUGCUAACGCUGUGCCUUUCCAAGGAGAAAAUCCUACACCCUGCCUUUGAGCUUCGAGAAUCAGGGAACAAAGCAACUCAAAAUAAUCCCCUGAGGAGAAAAAGACCCUUUUGUCCUCCUGCCUGACCGCUGACACUUGUUCCAGCACAGGCAGAGCAGCUGCAGGGACUGACCAUGAGCGAGCAGAGCCACGUCAACAGCCUGUUCCUCAAUGAGGAUGCAGCCAAGCGGCUCCACGCCGAGGGCCGGGUGCAGCGCCUGCGGCAGGCGGUGCAGAAACGGGCAGCACGGGCCAAGAAGAGGAUGAGCAGCAUCACUGCUGACAGCGCAAAGAGCUUCUUCCGCAGGAACGCCUUCGUCCUCUUCACCAUCGCUGCCGUCUUGCUCGGGAUCAUCCUGGCCUUCUCCCUCCGGCCCUACCAGCUGACCUACCGCCAGAUCAAGUACUUCUCCUUCCCAGGAGAGCUGUUGAUGCGCAUGCUCCAGAUGCUGGUUCUUCCUCUCAUUGUCUCUAGCUUGAUUACAGGAAUGGCCUCUCUGGAUGGCAGAGCCUCAGGGAAGAUGGGUAUGAGGGCUGUGGUCUACUACAUGGUGACCACAAUCAUAGCAGUCUUCAUUGGCAUCCUCAUGGUGGUCAUCAUCCACCCCGGGAAAGGUACAAAAGAAAACAUGCACCGAGAAGGCAGAAUUGAGCAGGUGCAGACCACAGAUGCCUUCAUGGACUUGGUGAGGAACAUGUUCCCACCCAACCUGGUAGAAGCCUGCUUCAAACAGUACAAGACACAGUACAGCACCAGAGUCUUCACCAGAACCGUCCUCCACAGCAGCAAUGUCACAGCAAAUGUGGCAACCACUCAGCUCCCCACAACAGAGAACUCCACCGGCAUCCUGGAGAAUGUCACACAUGCCCUGGGGACCAUCUCCGAGGUGCUGACCUUUGAAGAAGUCAUUCCCAUCCCGGGCUCAGCCAAUGGGGUGAACGCGCUGGGGCUGGUAGUGUUCUCCAUGUGCUUCGGCUUGGUGAUCGGCAGCAUGAAGCAGAAGGGACGGGCCCUGCGGGAGUUCUUUAACUGCCUCAACGAAGCCAUCAUGAGGCUGGUGGCCAUUAUCAUCUGGUACGCCCCAGUUGGGAUCAUGUUUCUAAUUGCUGGCAAAAUCCUGGAGAUGGAUGACCUGGCAGUGAUGGGGGGCCAGCUGGGGAUGUACACCCUCACUGUCAUCGUCGGGCUCCUCAUUCAUGCCCUCUGCAUCCUGCCGCUGCUCUACUUCAUCGUCACCCACAGGAACCCCUGGGUAUUCAUUGCAGGGCUUCUGCAGGCCCUCAUCACAGCCCUGGGCACCUCCUCAAGCUCAGCGACUUUGCCCAUCACCUUCAGGUGCCUGGAAGAAAACAAUGGUGUGGACAGACGCAUCACGAGGUUUGUUCUGCCUGUGGGAGCCACCAUUAACAUGGAUGGCACCGCUCUGUAUGAGGCCCUCGCUGCCAUCUUCAUCGCGCAAGUCAACAACUACGAACUGGACUUUGGGCAGAUCAUCACAAUAAGCAUCACGGCCACAGCAGCCAGCAUCGGUGCUGCAGGCAUUCCCCAGGCAGGGCUGGUGACCAUGGUCAUAGUGCUGACAUCGGUGGGGCUGCCAACUGAAGACAUUACGCUGAUCAUCGCUGUGGACUGGUUCCUAGACCGCCUUAGAACAACCACCAACGUCCUGGGGGACUCUCUGGGUGCCGGCAUUGUGGAGCAUCUCUCCCGGCAGGAGCUGGAUGCGCAGGAAUGUGAACUCGAUUAUUUGUCCAACUUCUCACGGAAGCAUUGAAUUCUACUCCUGAAGAGACUUCCUGUAAAUAUAUAUAAAGGGCAAACCAAGGGAUGAAUUGGAAGCAAAGAUGGUUGGAUUGGACUCUAGCUCCAAUGGGAAUUAAUUUGGGGAAGCCCUAUGACAUGGGGUUGUGCAGAGAGUCAAACUAAUUGAUCACGAGUGUCCCUUCUGGCUUUAUAAUAUAUGCACGUGCUUUCUGGUUUAGAGUUACUGCAGAGGGUCCUUCUGGUUGUUUCCAAAAGCCAUCAGAAAGGAUCCGAAUGGUAACCUAACAAAACUCAGCAGGACUCUAACCUGUUUUCAGUUGCUGUCAGCAGAUACAUAAGCAUAUCACAAGGGGGGCUCUCCAUACUGCGUUGCAUUGGCAUCAUCUCAGUCGCUCCCACCAAGCAGCAUGCUCCAAGCCUUACCAUGUGAUUUCCUGCCUUCAACAAAAGAUUAACAGAGCACAAAUGAGUAGAUGGCUCCUCUUCCACUCCUGCAAGCCAGUUUGCUGUGGGGGGUUUCAGAAUUCAGCUGAUGUGUUUUUGCUCUGGUGUCUGCCCGAGUUGUGUGGACAGUUAUUCUGUUGCUGAUCCGAGGACAGGCAAUGCUGAACCCUCACUCUUGAAGCUGUGUACUUAAUUUUGACACCCAGUGUGAUUUGCAAAACCAUUCCCAUCUCCAAAACAACAGAGGCUGUUUUACAUUACGGUAAUAAGUCUUCUACAGCAAGGUUUAUUUGGAAGGUGUCUGCUAACUGUGAGCUGUAGCUGCUCCCAAUGUGUACACCCCAAGGUCUCGAGUCCUCACACUGUCCAGCUUUGCAAGGAGGCGAGCUUUUAAGAGCUCAGCCAGGAAUACAGAAGUGUUUGUACUCCAUCUAAGCCCAAACUCUGACCUCGUACCAACUCAGCCUUCAGAACUGCGCAACUGAAAAGAUUAAAUCAUUUUAUCAGCUGUCUCUUUAAGUUAUCAGCUAUUUGGGAGCGUAUGCAGUCUUUUCUUUACUGUAGUACUGCUGCUUCUAGUUGCAGAAACACAGCAAGUUUCUUCUCUUGGCAAAUGAUGUAUUCCUGAUGAUUGGGUGGGCAACGUUUGGGCUGAAACGGGGAGCUGCCUCAAUGCAUGAGGAGCUCCUGGAUCAGGACACAUCCCUUCAAAGGGAAUUUUAGGAGAGAAAAUACAUAAAAUAUGGAUUUUCACACAUCAGGCCGUGGAUCCCGUUCAUUCUGUGGUUUGUGCACGUUGUUUCAGAAGCCAGAUCUGCCCAUGAAAUCUGGAAUCAUAAAAUCUUUUGCUCUCCCCAGGGACGAAGGUGGUAACUGGAAAUCACUGCUGCAGUGUUGUUGCAUUCGGGCAGUCUGACGGUGUUAAUUCCCAAGGCCUUUCUUUCCAUGCUGUGAGUUUCAGUGUCAAUAAAGAUAGUUUGCAUAUUUGAAAAAUAAAGGGAAUCUUUUUCCACGA